GUUAGUAAUUGGGACAAGUGCGAUAAGGCUUCGAUUAAGGGUGUGCCAGAUGAUGUGGCUAGCUUGGAUGUAGAUUUCACACCAGAUCGCAAUCAAUUGGUAUUCUCUCACAUUCUAUCCUACCUCCCCCUCGGAACCCUGAAAAACGCUCGACUGGUUUGUACACACUGGGACGAACAAGUGUUUUCAAUCCUGCGAAAAACAUCCGUCAUUGGUUUUCAAACUCGAUUCCAUCAUGAUGACAUGACCAAUCCAUCCCACCAGUUUUUGCGAUACGUCCAUGAAAUGAGGAAUGUCGCACCAUGGCCAAAUUGGAAGAUUUGGUAUCCAUCCUUACCAGCCGAAAACGAAAGGGACGACGCAGAGAAAAAAUGGUCAGCAAAGUACAUCCAGGACUUGGAUUAGUUUCUUCACCCCAGUAGAGGGCACCAUGUCAAGAGUUUAUCGUUGCAUUCAUUCAUUAAUUCCGAACGGGAUUACUGGGUAUUUCUCAAAUCCAUUACUCAGUUGAAGGACACCUUGGAAGAAUUGCAUCUCGACUUCGAAAUACAAAUCUUGGAACAGAAUGGCAACGAGAUUAAAUAUGACUUGGAUCCUAUUAUUUUCAAAAUGCUGAAGAAAUUUUCACUAAAGCUCGCGCCCAGUAUAUCUGACCCUGUAUUGGAUAAUAGACAAUUGGCUGCCCCCUGGAUGAAAAAUUGGGCGGACGCGAUUAAGCGUGUGGAGUCCAUCUCUACGCGCGGUUGUGAUUUUCUGGGGUCACGAUUUGCACAGGAGUUACAAAACAAUGGGCAGUGUUAUCAAAAUUUGAAGGAUAUCCGGUUAACAUGCGAGCCAUCGGUUGCAAUCAAUUUUCUCACCGAGUUGACCCAAACCGUGACGAAUUUGACGCUCACCAUGCCUUUGGAAACACGAGACCUUCGAGACUUUGAGAAUUUGAUCAAGAAAUUCGCCUCAUGCUUGGAAUUACUGUCUUUUUUAAUCUCCACGAAAGGCCUUGGAGAAAAGUCUCGCUUCGACCUCAAUCUUCCAUGUCUCGCGAGGCUAAAAAAGUUGCAAUUUUAUUUUGGUUUCUUUAAAGACAUCCGGAAUUCCAAUAUCGGUACAUAUCAGGGUCAUACAAUCAAAGAUGUGGCCCGAUUCCGGCUCUCGUUCCCCCCAUCUCGGUUUGGUGGUGAUGACCUCGGCAUCGACUAUGAACGUCACCUUCCCUCGAUUCGUGGCAUCAUUGUGAAACCAAAAUUUUGGGUUGGUCCGGCUGAAUUUUGGGACACGUAUAGUGACCUGUUUGACAGUCUCCUUCCCAAACAAGAAGGACGAAGUUGCCAGACUCUGCAACGCUUGGAAAUUCCAACCUGGGGUGGUGAGAUUGGGGAAGGAUAUCUUCAAGCUGGCCGACUACCGAAAGUCUUUCCAAAUGUUCGGAACGAAUGGAUGAACGAUUUACGAGAGAUGAAGAACGAUUGAAGAACUUGAUACAAAAUAGAUAAAUGCACAUUCAUGAGUUAAUAUGUAUGUACUUACAUACCAGUGUGGAAGUGAAGAUGAUGAAUUGUUAAAUUGGGUAUGAAUGCUUUGCUAAAUUUGCAGCGAUAAAUAUGAAAAAAAUUAGUUACCACUGUCGCCCCUGAAUUUAGUAAGUUUUAGUCAUUUAAAACUA